AUGGGUCCCAAGGUUGAGGAGCGGGCUGCGGCGCAGCUUUGCUCUCACUUCCAAUCGUACCAGCGAGUACUCAAGCUCCUCACCUUGGUGUUCCCGCCGCGGCAUUCUGCCAGGCAACUCCCUGCCUUCGACCUCGUCUAUCUUGCUCUUUCUUUAAGUAUACGUGCUGCUGGAGCCUACGUCACGCUGACGGUAACUACAAGGCACACAGCACGUCUCAAGGCUUUUCCUGACCUCUACGACUUGUCUCGCUCCAUGCAUCGCAUUGUCCGCGUACCCAAUCGCUCUGACCUCAUCAUCCCCAAGAAAUACAUCAGUACCCUGGCAGUCGCAACGGUCUCUGGACCCAGUGGACUAUCGAAAAAGAACGAGGAGCUUCAUGCUCAAUUGAGCGCGGAUGAAAAGUCUGUGGCCGGUCGCACUCGCAAGCGUGUCCAUGAGGAGCUCCAGGCUACGCAGAGUCCUACCAAGGUGGUUGUGUCGCCUCCACGUCCUCGGCCAGUAAAGAAAUUGCGACGGGUAACCAUAACUCAACAGCUGAGUCAAGAAGAGGACGUCAGCAGCCCCGUCAAGUGGCACGUCGACCAUAGCUGCUGGUAA